ACUCCAGCAGCAUACAAUGCUUUCCCAUACAGUGGCUUCAGACUGGGUCCUGGAUCUCUGAGCCGCUCCUCAUUGGGAAUUGUUGCACCAAAGAGGAAUCUGUGGGGCUGUGGCAGCUCAAGGGGUGUCUGAUGAGCUGCCAGUGUGGGCACUAUGUUCUGUACUAAGCUGAAGGAGCUCAAGCUCACAGGGGAAUGUCCCUUCUCUUUAUUGACACAGAGUCAGGGCUCAGAGGAAGGUGAUGAGGAAGUACCGGGCACUGCUGCUGCCUCUCUUCCCAUCUGUAAGGAGGUGGGUGAGAUCAGCAUCCCGGGCAAGAGAGAAGAUGGGACCCCACAGAGGAAGACCAGCAGGAGCCGGGUUUAUCUGCACACCUUGGCAGAAAGCAUCCGAAAGUUCAUCUUCCCUGAGUUUGACAGACUGAAUCUUGCUCUUCAGCGGUCAAUAGCAAGACACAAACUAAGCGCUAGCAGGUCAGCUUUUCCUGGUUUUAAAUUGCCAAGUAUGCCGGUUUGUGGAAGAACUGCUGAAACAGAAAACUUUGAAAAAAUUAUUAUUGAUCAGUCAAAUGCAGCAGGUGUCCCUGUUGAGCACGUUAAAGAAACGUUGGGUGAUGAACUUUUCAGAAUCUGUUACGAAGAAGAUGAACAUGUAUUGCAAGUGGUUGCAGGAACACUGAAGGACUUUCUAAAUAGCUUUGGAACCCAUUUAAAACAAAGUGGCCAAUCCCGGACACUGGAAGAAUGUAGUGGGCUUGAAGAAGGUUCAAUUCUGUGCUUAGAAAAAGAUCAAGAUUAUUUAAAUGUGUACUAUUUUUUUCCUAAUAAUAUUACACCUUUAAUAUUACCUGGAAUUAUUAGGGCAGCAGCAUACAUCUUGUUUGAAACUGAAGUAGAAGUGAGGUUGAUACCCCACUCUUCCAAUGAUGGGAAUGACUUCAUUAAGGAACCUUACUUACUGUAUUCUGUGCAGUUAAAAAAUACAAAGCCUUCAUUAUCGCCAAGCAAACCCCAGUCAUACGUUGUAAUACCUGCGUCAAUUUUCUGCAAUACCUUUCCUUUCCAUUUUAUGUUUGACAAAGAUAUGAUCAUGUUGCAAAUUGGUAAUGGUGUGAAAAGGCUCCUCAACAGAAGAGACAUUCCACGGAAAUCCACCUUUGACGAAUAUUUUGAGAUCCUUUCUCCUAAAAUAAGCUGCACGUUUAGUGGAAUCUUGACUAUGCUCAAUAUGCAGUUUAUUAUACGAGUUAAAAAAUGGGACAGUACAACUGACCAGUCAUCAAAGGCAAUGGAUUUGAAAGGUCAAAUGAUCUACGUAUUUGAAUCCAGUGCCAUUUUAUUUUUGGGAUCACCAUGUGUGGACAGAUUAGAGGAUUUCACAGGACAAGGGCUGUAUCUAUCGGAUAUUCCAAUCCACAAUGCCCUGAGGGAUGUUGUAUUGACUGGGGAACAAGCAAGAGCACAGGAUGGAUUGAAAAAGAGGUUAGGAAAGCUUAAAUCUACUCUGGAACAAGCUCAUCAAGCUCUAGAAGAGGAGAAAAAGAAGACUGUGGAUCUUUUAUUUUCAAUUUUUCCUGGUGAAGUUGCUCAGCAGCUGUGGCAAGGGCAAACUGUACAAUCCAAGAGAUUUUAUAAUGUAACAAUGCUUUUUUCAGACAUUGUGGGAUUCACAGCAAUCUGCUCUCAGUGUUCACCCAUGCAAGUUAUCACAAUGCUCAGUGAACUUUACACCCUAUUUGAUGUUCAGUGCGGAGAACUAGAUGUUUACAAGGUGGAAACUAUAGGUGAUGCUUAUUGUGUGGCUGGGGGCUUACAUAAAGAAAGUGAGACACAUGCGUUUCAAGUAGCCUUGAUGGCCUUGAAGAUGAUGGAGCUUUCAGAUGAGGUGAUGUCUCCCCAUGGAGAGCAAAUAAAGAUGCGUAUUGGUUUACAUUCUGGGUCAGUAUUUGCAGGCGUUGUUGGAGUGAGAAUGCCAAGAUAUUGCCUUUUUGGAAACAAUGUGACCCUUGCUAACAAGUUUGAAUCCUGCAGUGUACCAAGAAAGAUCAAUGUGAGCCCUACAACCUACAGGUUGCUGAAGGAUUAUAAAGGAUUUACAUUUACUCCACGAUCAAGACAAGAUCUCCCACCAAACUUUCCCAUUGACAUUCCUGGUAUUUGUUAUUUUCUUGAAGCCUAUAAUCAAGAAAUGCUGCCCAGAAUUUGCCAAAGAAAGACAGUUGAAGAGACCCAUUUCAUCAAAACAGAUUAAUGUAUUUAAUCUAAAUGUACUGAAAUAUAUAUAUAUAUAUAUAUAUAUAUAUAUAUAUAUAUAUAGCUCUUAAUUAAUUGUGUGAUUAAUGAUUAUGUUGUCUUCCUUAAUCUUGAAAACAACAUGCUUCCAGUAUUAUUCACUUUGGAGUUAUAAUCUACUGCAAAAUUUUAAUGCAGAUCCGAAACCAUUUUAGAAUUCAACUGGUUUGAAAAAAUGAAAAGAUUGAGAUUUUGGUCUUCCAGUUUUAAAAUGCUUUUCUGUUAUGGCCCGGUACUGUGCAGAAUUAUGCUUUUUUUUUUUGAUUAGGAAAUUUUUUUUAUCUAUAUAUUUGUACACACAUUUUUGCUGAGAAAGAAAAUUUAAAUGUUGGCAGAUUUGAAGUUCAAAAAUGAUUAAUCUCUGCACAGUACAAUGCAGCAAAAGUAUGGAUAUAAAAAACGCUGCGACAACCAUUUAGCAUAUGUUGGCAGAGAUAAUAAAACUUAACAAGACAAAGACAACAACUCAACAGGCUUUUAUAAAAACAGAUGUAAUUUUAUAAAAAAAUAUAUAUAUAUUUUGUAACAGAACAAUGUCAAGAAUUGCACGAAUAUAAAGGAGAUAAAAAUUAUUUCCAACAAAUGGGAUGAUUGGGUAUCAUUUUCGAAAAGAUGUGUGGGCAGGCCGGGAUCAUAAAAAAUCCUUGUAGGACCUUCAGUUUGAGAGCAAUGAAAAUUGGGGGCAAUUUUAUAACCAUUUGAUUGGAGCUUUUGCUCCAAUUUAAGCAAUUUUUGGGAAGAAAAAUUGUAAAUUUUAAUUUGAGUUUCCAAAACCCUAAAUCUCGAAAACAAAAAAAAAUUCUGCAUCUAAAAGCUGUUGAGUUAGAUGUAGAUGUAAAAGUCAAUUGGAGUUAUGAGACUCAUUAAAAAUGAAGGGUAAAAUGUGAUUGCACUGUGUUCCGGUUUGUUUUUCCUAUAAUUUUAAGCGGUCAAAUUUCAAGUUGUGCAUUGUUUCAAAUGGGGGAAAAAAACUCAAAAACUUGAAUUUCGAUAAGUAUUGUUGUGUUCAGAAUUUUGUAUAACUUUAUACAAAUAUUCUUUGUUUUUUUUUUGUCAAAGCUACCAAAAAGGCAUACACUACCUAUGAGUUCAUGUGUCUGAAAUAACCCCAAACUGCCCUCUGCCACCUUCAUUGUGUUCAAAGUAUAAUAUCUGGAAGCACUUUUUUCAUUAGCUACUUUUCAGGUCAUUGUAGCUUGGAAACACUCUUGUGCCGAUUACUGUUUUUGUAAGUGUGCCUGUUUGACGUUGCUGCUGUUUUCAGCCAUUUACAAAUCAAUAGAAUGAGGUGUGGCAAAAGGCAAACUUUAGAAAAACUUUAAUUUUGGGUCAAACGCCAAAAAUUUGCUCUUGGUACAUUAGCCUAAGGGUGCUGGCAGACAGGGAAAAGUAUUUUCUAUUGUGGGUAAGAAUAUUUGGGUUCUAUAAUUUGUUAUAGUUGCCCCAAAUAGUAAUAUGUGCUACUAAUUUAAUACUGUCACCUUGGAAUCUUAUUUCUAUGCAUUAUAAAAUCCAUAAUCCUGUAACAUGUAUCAGUAAAGACCUUUCGGGGAAUAAAAAAAGAUAAUAUUAGUGUGAUAUUUUAUAUAUAAAUAAAUUCAACUCGCAUACAGUUGACUUCAAGGAAGCAAGUAAAGGAGACUGCAGAACUUGCAGAUGGAAAGAGUGGGUGAUUGUAAGUGACCUCUAGCCCUUCAGCUGUUGGUGGUGUAUGUUGUACAAUGUUCACCAGAUGAAUGUAGAAAGAUACAAAACAAAUGCUUCUCUUUAGGUCAUACAUACCUCACUUUAUGUGGGAAGUUCUGAAACUUAAUUUGCAGACGUUUAAAUGUCCUUGGCCUCUGUUAUUUUGGCUUCUUUGGUACUGUACCUUAAUAUAUUUAAAAAACAUGUCUAUCUGUAAAUAUAAAUAUAGAUAUAUGUAUAUGCAUGUGUUCAUCCAAAAUCAUAUUUUUCCAUUUUUUAAUGAACAAUGGCUUUUUUAAUUCUAUUAUAUUUAUUGAAAGGUUGUUAACUGGCUAAAUACUUUAUUGUUUACCAAAUAUACAUAGCUGUUUCCUAAAACAGUUCUGUUUAACUUUACUUCACAUGGAUAGACAUUUUAAAAAUGGCACCUAGUCAAGAGCAUAAGAUUAAUACAGAUAUAUAUAUAUGUAUAGAAAAUGUAGUUAUAAGCAACAACGCUAAAGGGCUGGUUUACCUUUCAGCUUACUUUUGGUAUGUUAUAGAAUGGUAAAUAUUCCAGUCACUUAUUCAAAUCAGUGAAUGGUUGUUAGGGUAAUUUG